CUUCCUCCUCCCCCAACACCAGAACGCCCACAGGCAGCUGCCAAAAUGCCAGCUGUUGCCGUCAAAGGUCAGCCACACUCCGAACCCCUCAGUCCACUUCGCAUCACCUGAUAGGCUGGAUGUCUCGAGUCCCUGCAAGCGCAGUGGCGUAAGGUCGAUCAAAGUCCACGCAAGACUCCUCGAGGCAGCAUAGUUUGCGAAUUUACCUAUCAACGUUCCUUCAACUCCUUCAACAAUCUUCCAAAAUACCGUAUCCAUCAUCACAUUCAAGUUUGUUUUCAAUGAAUCGCAAUCAAAACCAAAUGCCUAACCACCCGGUCAUCGUUUCAGGCGCCAUUGUGGUGAUAUCAGUAGCCGUUGCAGCCGCAAUCGCAGUCUACGAAUCCCCACAAGCUCGGCAGUUUGCUGAAGAUGUCCGCCGCCGAGUAGCCAUUGCUCUGCACUCGCUCGGUGACGAAAUCAACCCAUCGGCCCCGCAGCCCCGCUUCAACCGCCCCGAAGAUGCGGAGGGCUUUCUUCAGAGCCAAGGCAAUGCCGAAGUUGGUGUUGACGCAGAUGAGGAGUCCAGGAGACGCCAGAGAGAGGAGCUGAUGUACUGGAACGCCGUCCAUAUGGAGAAAUUGGAGAAAUUGGAGAAGGAGAGGAAGCUCGCAGCAGAAAGACCGGCGAACAAGAGCCGCCGAUCCAGCUUCGAUGAUUUCUUACAACCCGACCAGACUGCUGAGAAAGGGACAUAUGUGUACAAUACUGGCGCAGACACGAACCGAGAGGAGGAAGGUCUUCGACAGCGCGGCGUUAGAGGACUGAAUAGAGGAUCCGUUUAUGCCAAUCCCUUCGGCGACGAGCACAACAUCGACCUGGACGAGCAGCGAGCUAUCGAUGCAAGUCUUAUGUCUCCUGAAGCCUCCGAGAAAUUCGAAGUCAUGUCCAACCUAUACUCCGCUAAUGAGGAGAAGCCCACCAACACAAUUGCUGAGCAGCUUCUUGUUGAUACCUCUGAGCCAGUCCCUGACCCACCCGUCUCUUAUCCUACGAUGGACGAGCCGAUGAUGGCUGAGGCUGCCAAUUUCACAAACAUGGCUGCACGAGAGGAUGCUUAUGCUUCCAUUCAUGCAUGGGCUGAUAACGCAAACCACAGCUUCUACUCACCUCUUCCUGCUACUCCUAGAGCCGCUACACCCCAGCAACACGAGGCUGUUCCCGGAUCUCCUUUGUUCAGCGACCCAGAUGUUUCAGUUCCAGGAAGUGGCGAUAUCACUCCCACCGAUUCCGCUUCCAUGGCUGGAUCUGGGGAGGAAGUAUGGCAGCCAAGAAGUGGAGCCACGAGUGAGGCCGAUGUGAUGAGCGUAGACGGGGAGGGUAUCUCCACGCCAGGUUCAUGGACGGAAGUCGGCAGUGUUGUCAGCGAGAACGAUGUUGGUGCUGGUGUAAAUCAUUAGACUUGCUUCACUUGCAAAUAAAUGAUAGGGUAGAGUAAUAGCGAUGGGCGUCAGGGUGCUAUGGAAUGGAAAGUGUGCACAUCUGGGCUGUGGCACUUUUUUUUGGAAAGGAUAUCAAGGCUGGUUAGGCGUAGUCCAUUGGAGUAUUUGGUAUAUUUUCACAACACUGAGCAAAUGCAACUCUGAUU